UCCUUAGAUAUAAAAGGCCACAUUAAACUCGAAACCCUUUCUUCCUUUUCAGCCUCUUCAGGUCGUUCCCCAGGCGUGAACUCUCUCCCACUCCAGACCAAAAUGGUCAAUUUCAGGUUUCAUCAGUACCAGGUGGUGGGGAGAGGUCUGCCUUCUGAAACUGAUGAGCAUCCAAAGAUUUAUAGGAUGAAACUUUGGGCUACAAAUGAGGUCCGUGCCAAGUCGAAGUUCUGGUACUUUUUGAGGAAGCUGAAGAAAGUUAAGAAGAGCAAUGGACAGAUGUUAGCUAUCAAUGAGAUUUUUGAGAAGAAUCCUACAAAGAUUAAGAAUUAUGGUAUCUGGCUGCGGUAUCAAAGCCGAACUGGGUAUCACAACAUGUAUAAGGAGUAUCGAGACACCACUCUAAAUGGUGCUGUGGAACAAAUGUACAUCGAGAUGGCAUCUCGUCACAGAGUGAGGUUCCCAUGCAUUCAAAUCAUCAAAACAGCCACCAUACCCGCUAAACUUUGCAAGAGGGAGAGCUCUAAGCAGUUCCACAAUUCCAAAAUCAAGUUCCCUCUGGUUUACAAGAAAAUUCGACCACCCUCAAGGAAGCUCAAGACCACAUAUAAGGCAUCAAGGCCAAACCUAUUUAUGUAACUCAUUUGCUGAUUACUUUCUCUGGUUUCCUGCUAGGAUUCUUAUUUAAAUGAGCUUUAGAUGUAAGACAUGGGUUUUAAAUUUUUAAUACUUUGGACUUUCAGAUUCUGUUUUGGUAGGAGAAUACUUUUCAUAAUUCUUAUCAUUUCUUCCAGUUUUGUUUUAGUUGUGUGGGUUGGGACUUUUUGAGUAAUGAGAAAACAUUUAUUUUCGCUCCAA